AUGGCUCUCCUUGGUGAACGUCGACGCAAAAUCAACCUAAACCUCUCCAUCGGUUUGCCGGAACUUGCUUUCGACAAACGAAGUCGUUUCGAUCAUUCCGCAGUUUCUGCUGUUGCUGCUACUACUACUGUGAUCACUACCCGCUUGCUCUCCUCCUCUUCUUCUUCUUCUUCGAGUAGUAUUACCAUCUCUGAAAUUGAUUUCGAAAAGAUUCAAGUUCUUGGCCAUGGUAACAGCGGUACUGUCUACAAAGUCUGCCACAAAGCCACUUCAAACGACUAUGCUCUCAAAGUCGUUCACGGCGACUCCAACCCUGAAGUACAACGCCAUCUCUUACGAGAGAUCGACAUCCUCCGUCGUACGGACUCUCCUUAAGUCGUUCGCUGCCACGCUGUUUUCGAGAAACCCUCGGGCGACGUGUCGUUUCUCAUGGAGUACAUGGACUGCGGCUCCCUCGAAAGCCAGCUAAAAAGCCAAGGAACGAUGUCCGAAUCAAAGAUUGCUAUCGUGGCUCGCCAAGUCACCAAGGGACUGCACUACCUCCACUCCAAGCAGAUCGUUCACAGGGAUAUCAAGCCGGCCAAUCUUCUGGUAAAUAGCAAGAUGGAGGUCAAGAUCGCAGAUUUCAGAGUGAGUAAGAUCAUGGGUCCCACAUUGGAUGCAUGCAACUCUUUUGUCGGAACCCGUGCUUACAUGAGUCCGGAACGGUUCGACCCGGACAAGUAUGGUGAUGGUAGUGGAAGCUACGAUGGGUAUGCAGGAGACAUAUGGAGACUGGGUGUAACACUGAUGGAGCUGUAUAUGGGUCACUUCCCUCUGUUGCCGACUGGUCAAAGACCCGACUGGCCUGCAUUGAUGUGUGCUAUUUGUUUCGGAGAAGUCCCACGUUUGCCGGAGAUCGUGUCAGAGGAGUUUCGGAGUUUCGUGGAUUGUUGCUUGCUCAAAGACUCCACCAAAAGAUGGACGGCUGCACAGUUAUUGACCCACCCGUUCUUAUCUCAAGAUUCAAUACCCUACGUUUAA